AUGGAUAUAACGAUGGCUAAUUUAAUGAUUCCUUUUAAUCAGAGCAGCAAUUUUGCACAAUCAGUACCAAAUGUCUGUGGAAUAUGCAGUUUAUCUCACUAUACAGGUUUAUGUAAUGCUCUAUCCGAUAAAAUUAUACCAGACAAGCCUCAUAUAGACAAUUUGUCGCGAUAUUCAGUGCCUGAUGGAUUACUUAUUAUCGAUUGUGGUGAGGAAAUGAAAAAUACUAUGGUGAUAACUGCUCAAAAGUUUGCAAAAGGAACUCGUUUUGGUCCAGUGCUUGCUCCCAAAAGUUAUGUGCCUCCAUCACGUCCAAACAAAUUUCCUUUGGUAAUUUUCAAUGAAAUUUGGCAUGGUGAUCCAUUUAUUGACGAUCUCUCUGACGAUAUUAAGGAAUUGUUUAACGUGCGCAACUAUUAUUUGGAUACAAGUGAUGAAAAUAAGUGCAACUGGAUGAUUCACGUUGACAUUUCGAAAUAUUCUAAUGAACAGAAUUUAAUGGCAUACCAGGAAAACGAUCAGAUAUAUUAUACAUCUACACGUGAUAUAGAGUUGGGUGACAUUCUAAAAGUUUGGUAUUCGCCAUCAUACGCAAGUCGUAUGGGCGUAAGCUUAUUAGAGUCAUCAAAUGAUCCAAAUAUAUGCACAAAUGUGCGCCAAGUGUCCUUUGAUUGUGGAAUUAAAUUGAAUGAUGAUAAAGACUCGGAUAUCACUAAUAAUAAUUAUCUAGCAAUAGCACCAAACACAUCUUCGCCUUCAUCAGAAAUUUCUUUACCGCCAGUGAAUAGUUUAAUGAAGAAUCAAAAUAUGUCAUCACCAAGUUAUAGUAUCGAUUUCGAUAAUCUCAUUCUAAUGGCCAAAAAUGAACAGCAAAUGUCAAAUAUGAAUUAUCAAAUGGAUUAUAUGGAUAACUAUCAAUUGUCUUCGUCAGCGAGCGAUGUAGAUAAAAUGAGUCAAACAUCGUCGUCGUCUGCAAAGCCAAUUAAAUUCACUGAAAUGCAUGAAACUGAAACACAAAAAUAUGCAUGUGAGCUGUGUGCUCGAAAAUAUAUAACUAAAUCAAAUUUGGAGAAGCAUAUGCGCUCGCAUGAUUUAUUCAUGUGCGUCGUUUGUAUGAAAAUGUUUCAAAAUCCCGAGGAAUUGAAAGAACAUGAUUGCUUCAAACAGAAAUCGUCCUCAAAUAAAAAGUCUCUCUUUCACUGUGGAAUUUGUUGGAAAGUCCUUAGCAAUUCUUGGUCAUUAAAUCGACACAUGAAGAUUCACAGAAAUGUCACAAUGACACCUGAUACUAGCUCUCAAGAAAAAUCGGAUGAGGUUUCUGACGAACUUCUAUCGGCUGUUGCUUCUCAAAAUUUAAUGAUUCAAGAGCCAGAGUUGUAUACAAUCGAAUCAAAUUGCGACAUGUCAAAUGAUAUUGAUAAACAUACAGACAAUAUUUCUGAUGAUAACGAUGUUAUUACAAACUUUUUGAAUGUUUCUGAUCCUCUGGAUGUUCAGUCAUGGCCUUUAGAAGAUUCACUCUCACAACAUCAUGAUGAUUUGCCACCAAGCUAUCCAUUUGAGGAUUUAAAUACAUCAGAUGAUAUAACAGAUCAAUUUCAGCAAAAUGAAAUGAAACAGGAAGAAAUUCAGUCAAUACAGCAACAAAUAAUGAAUCAAUCUAUGCAGCUUUCGGAUGAAGCGAGACAAUUGGGACACAAUUAUGAUAAAUGCAUUGUCUGUGCUCGUGUAUUUAAAAAUCCAAAUUCAUUAGAAAAGCACCUUAGAAAUGUUCAUACAGCUCAUAUAAUUCGUCCUGAAUUGACAACGAGCAUCAAAAAGUCAUCAGAAUAUCGUAGAAUUGUCCUUAAUAAAAAGCCAAUUAAAGAAAAUGUCGCUAAAGCUCUUGUAUCGAAACUUAAUAAGAAGAAUCAACAACACAAUGCAGAACAACAUCAGCCAACAACAUCUGUGACAUUAACAGCACCACAAAUUGAAAAUUCUCAUUAUACAACUCAGAAUGUUCAGGCAAUAGUAAGUGAAGCAUCAUGGAAUGGCAGCACAUUAACUCCAAUUUCGACAGAAAAGUCAGCUCAUAUGGAGAAUGGCAACACAAUCAUAAUAAUCUCGAAUGUUGAAUUAAAUCCAGCAACGACAAACGGUUAUACAUUCACAAACUUUCAGGCUAAUACAGUUGCAUUACCAAAACUCGUCCCGAUUUCGGGACUUAAAACGACGACUCAGACGACUUUUGAAAGCAUCACAAAGGAUAAUAACUGCAAUGACAUCACAUCCAGCAAUAAUAAUAAUAUCAAUAAUAAUAAUAAUAAUGAAAUAGUUGCAGAUAAAUUUCCAAAUACAUCACCAAAGGUCUUUAUAAUUGAUAAAGGAGGCGAAAAGGCGCAAAAACCACCGAAACCAUUAACAACGCCAGACGAAAACAACAGUGAACAUCAUCAAUGUCCUGAAUGUGAAAAAGUCUUCCAGAAAAAAUAUCAACUUAAGCGUCAUCAAGAAAUUCAUGAAAAUCUCUUCUAUUUCUGUCCGUUUUGUAAGCGCGCCCCAGUCAAAGCUCGUAGUUCGUUAAGAAAGCAUUUCAUUAAAGAUCAUCCAGAACAUCAAGACACAUGGCAAGCGUCAAAUUUCAUGUCGACAUUAUUAAAAAAGUAUGAGAAAAUUAAGAAAUCUAGUCACGAAUCUCAAACAGACAGUAGUACAAAGAAAAAUAGCAAAAAAGCAAGUAAUGGAAAGAAGGAAGCAGUUGGUAAGAAGAAUAAGAAGGAAAAAUUAUUGAUUAUUGAAUCGAAUGAUAUGACGUCAAGUAUAGAUAAUAAUAAUCAUUGUGAAAUUAUUAAUGAUCAACCAUUACCGCAAGUAAGUAUCGAUACAGAUGAUACAUCACAUCAGCAGCAACAAAUUAUUUUAAGUAAUCUCUUCCUCGAUCCAAUAACACUCGAUGAGGAAAAUAAUCUAAUAAAAUAUACAUUGGCAGGUGAGGAUGAUUUUAUCAUGAAUGGCCAUAAUGGGGAAUCGAGUGUUGUGAAUAUGACUCAUACAGGAUCAAUUGAAAGCUAUGAAAUGUCUGAAUUUAGUAAUUUUAAGAGCUCAUUCGAUGAAAUCCAAGAAAAACUUGAUGCUGAUUUAGAAUUUAAUAAUGAUCAGAUGAUUAAAUGGAGUGAUGAGUUAGACGACUCAUCGUCGGUCAUUUCCUCACAAAGUACAUCCAAUUUAUCAGCAUCAGAUAUUGGAAAAACAUUGAGCAAACAGAAAAAUGGCUUUAUGCUGACAUGA